AAGAUAAACCAGUUAGACGGUGUCAGUAAAAGUAAAACUAGGCAGCUCCAUUUUGUGUCGAGGGGAAAAUAAACCAUUUCAGGAGUAAAAACACAGGUUUGAUUUAACACACCGAUGUUGGAGUGAAGUAAACGUGUGUCCUGCUGUAAUCUGGAGAAGGAGACAUGACCUCCAACAUGAGUGUGUCUGGAGAACAGGACUUACAGAAAGACGAGAGAAUGAUGGAGGGAAAGAGAUCAGACUCACCAGAACCCAGCUGUGUGUCCAUGAUGAGUGACCGGUCAAUGGACCACCCAAUUUCCUUCAGACCACAAAAGAAGAAAUCAAACAUCAGCAGAAAUCAGCUGGACUCCAUAUUCAAGGAGCUGGAACACAAAGUCAUCACUCUGAUAAAGAAUGAGCUGAAGAGGUUUAGGAAGCUCCUGAGUCCAGAUUACCCAGCAUGCACUGAGAGGGAGGUGGAGGAUGAGGAGGAUCUGCACAGUGUCAGAGAGGGAGCGCUGAAGAUCACACUGCACGUCCUGAAGAACAUGAACCACACAGAUCUCGCUAACACACUGCACAACAAGUCUGUGGCCUCUGUGUAUCAGACAGAGCUGAAAUCCAGCCUGAGAGAGAAGUUUAAAAGAAUUAAUGAAGGAAUCUCACAGCAUGGAAGCUCAGCACUUCUGAAUGAGAUCUAUACAGAUCUCUACAUCACAGAGGGUUGGAGUGGAGACGUCAAUAAUGAACAUGAGGUGAGACAGAUUGAGACAGCGUCCAGGAGACCAGCAACACAGGAGACACCCAUCAAAUGUAACGAGCUCUUUAAAGACAAGUCCAUCAGAAGAGUGCUGACUAAAGGAGUUGCUGGAAUUGGAAAAACAGUCUCUGUGCAGAAGUUCAUUCUGGACUGGUCUGAAGGAAAAGCAAAUCAGGACGUCACCUUCAUGUUUCCACUUCCCUUCCGAGAGCUGAAUCUGAUGAAGCAGAGAAAUCUCAGUCUGAUGGAGCUUCUUCAUCAUUUUUUCCCAGCAAUGAGAAAACUAGAAUUACUAGACUGUGACUCCUACACAGUGGUGUUGAUCUUUGAUGGUCUGGAUGAGUGUCGACUUCCUCUAAAGUUCCAGAAGAAUGAGAGAUUGUGUGAUGUGACCGAGUCAGCCUCGGUGGAUGCACUGCUGACAAACCUCAUCAAGGGGAAUCUGCUUCCCUCUGCUCUCCUCUGGAUAACCUCUCGACCAGGAGCAGCCAAUCAGAUCCCUCCUGAGUGUGUAGACCAGGUAACAGAGGUACGAGGCUUCAGUGAUCCUCAGAAAGAGGAGUACUUCAGGAAGAGGAUCAGUGAACAGAGCCUGGCCAAUAAAAUCAUCACACGCAUGAAGUCUUCAAGAAGCCUCUACAUCAUGUGCCACAUCCCAGUCUUCUGCUGGAUCUCAGCCACUGUUCUAGAGAGAAUGUUGUGUGAAGCAGAGAGUGGAGAGGUCCCCAAGACUCUGACUCAAAUGUUCACACACUUCCUGAUCUUUCAGAUCAAACACAAGGACCAAAAGUACCAUCAGAAAUGUGACCCUGAUCCUCAGCAGACCAGAGAGAGUAUCCUGGCACUGGGGAAACUAGCUUUCCAACAGCUGGAGAAAGGAAACUUGAUCUUCUAUGAGGAAGACCUGAGCGAGUGUGGCAUUGAUGUUGGAGAAGUGGCAGUGUACUCAGGAGUGUGUACCCAAAUCUUCAGAGAGGAGUUUGGGCUUCACCUGGGGAAGGUGUUCAGCUUUGUACAUCUGAGUGUUCAGGAGUUUCUGGCUGCUUUAUAUGCAUUUCUCCGCUUUAUUUUUAGAAAGACAAAUGUGUUAGUGGAGCAACGCACUGGCCGUUUCCAUUUCUUCAGCAAGUCAACCAUGUCUGAUUUCCUCAGGAGUGCAGUGGACAAGGCCUUACAGAGUGAGAAUGGACACCUGGACCUGUUCCUCCGCUUCCUUCUGGGUCUCUCACUGGAGUCCAAUCAGGCUCUCUUACGAGGCUUAAUGCCCCAGACAGGAAGCAGCUCUCACAGCAAACAGGAAACAAUCGAGUACAUCAAGGAGAAGAUCAGGGAGAAUCCAUCUCCAGAGAAAUCCAUCAAUCUGUUCCACUGUCUGAAUGAACUGAAUGAUCAUUCUCUAGUGCAGGAAGUACAGACUUACCUGAACAGAGAAGAUUACUUUUGUCUCAGUGGAACCAGACUCUUUCCUGCUCAGUGGUCAGCUCUGGUGUUUGUGUUACUGAACUCCGAUCAGGAGCUGGAUGAGUUUGAUUUGAGGAAAUAUGACCCAUCAGAGGAAUGUCUUCUGAAGCUGCUGCCAGUGGUCAAAGCCUCCAGAAAAGCUGAGCUGUGGGGGUGUAAUCUGACAGAGGAAAGCUGUAGAGUUCUGUCCUCAGUUCUCAGCUCAAACUCCUCCAGACUGAGAGAACUGAACCUGAGUCACAAUAACCUGCAGGAUUCAGGAGUGAAGCUGCUCUCUGCUGGACUGGAGAAUCCACACUGUACACUGGAGACACUGAGGCUGUGUGUGUGUGUAAUCUGACAGAGGAAAGCUGUAGAGUUCUGUCCUCAGUUCUCAGCUCAAACUCCUCCAGACUGAGAGAACUGAACCUGAGUCACAAUAACCUGCAGGAUUCAGGAGUGAAGCUGCUCUCUGCUGGACUGGAGAAUCCACACUGUACACUGGAGACACUGAGCAUGUAUAAAUGCAGUAUUACAGAUGAAGGUUUUGCUGCUCUGGCUUUAGCUCUGAGUUCAAACUCCUCAUCACACCUGAGAGAACUGAAUCUGAACAGUAAUAAUCCAGGAGAAUCAGGAGUGAAGCUGCUCUCUGAUCUACUGAAGGAUCCACACUGUAAACUGGAGACAUUAUACAUUAACUAUAAUAAACUCACCAGGACAGGCGCAUGAUGGAGUCUCACCUCAAACCUCUUCUCCAGGAUAAAGCAGUUUUGGUGAAGAGUUAGAACCCGUCCCACAUUUCCAGCAGUUUGGGAGCUGAAUCCUUAAACUUAAAGGGACGGGAGCAGAUACAAAGCCAAGAACAGGCAGAAGGUCAUACACAGGAGGAAUCAACACAUGUAAUGAAAUAUCUGCUGUACAAAGCAAUGGCAACAAUCUGCCCCGGGGAUGGAGACUGACGAGCCUUAAGUACACAUCUGGAAAUGUACGGACUGAUCCCAAAGCACGAGGCAGGAGCAGGCAUGUUAAUGGUAAAUGGUCUGCACUUAUAUAGCGCUUUUUUAACCUUAGUGGUUCCAAAGCGCUUUACACUUUACACAAAGCGCUUUACAGAGAGUAGAUGUGAAAGUACAGUGUAAAAUUUCCCUUACAACCUGCCAACCUUUGCUGUGUCAUGAACACAGUGUAUUGGUCAACCCAGGAGAUGAUUUAGAAAAAUGCCUAUGCAACAGUGUGUUCAGCAUGCAUGGAGGCACUGGUCCUGUACAUAGUGUUACAUGAAAUAAGACCAGAAAUAACACAAAUCAAUACGCUCGUGCGCAUCUCUCUAAUGGCCUGAUGAGGUCCAUGUCAAUUCUUUCAACUGGGACCUUGAAUAAAAGCAAUGGGCUCAAUGGUGCUAUUGGGGUGGCCAGUGGAUUUGCAGCUGAAAUUAGUAGCCUGGUAAAAAUUGCUUCCACAGCUCCUUUUUGAUGCACCAGUCGACUUAACACUACCCAUAUGAGUCGAUGUUUGGGCAAAAACCUAAGCUACCAGUGGAUAGUUUGCUUGAUGGUAGUGAAGAAGGGGAAGGAGCUGGUGCCCAUUCAGACUGGGUGGCCCAACACUAAAAAUAUUUGACCUCCAUUUAUAGCAGUUCCCGAAGGCACUUGGAGACUGUGGUCAUUCACCGUAGGACCAAUUGCCCUGACUCAGUAGCAAUACUACCCCCUGGCACUUUAGUGUAUUGUAAGAAUCAUUUUCAUGGUUGCCGUAAGAUUCAGGAUGUCUGGUGCUCCAAUGUGUGUGAGAUUGUGGCCUACAUUGAUGAAGUGGAAAUGCUGUUUAAGAUCAGACCACAUGGAGAAGAUGGCCCCAUUAAAACUGUCCAUUGUUCAGAACUUAAACUUGUUCUUACCUGACAACAAUAUUCCAAGUAAACCAAUGGGUCAGGUCUACUGGCCCUUUCCAUCCCAGGAGUGAGUAGAGCCAGAAGGACAUAGAAUUGGAGAUUGUUCACAGUGUGGCCAUAGUCCAUAUGAGAACGGGUGUAAGGAACUCUGAGAGUCAAGUCUACGUUGAUUCUAGUUCUCAGCCCUCAGUGCUUCAGUCUAGUCCAACAGGGGUACAAAAUGAUUAUAGGUUCAUGUUUAGCAUCUCAACCCCAGGUGACCACAAGAGAGCAAGAGUUGAAUUUAGAAACUUCUCUAGAUCUUCAUAUAGCUCAGUCACUUGAUCAGUCAGGAAUGGGUUUAGUUUCUAGGCCAUCCUUUAGGCGUUCUACUCAUGGGACUCUCAGUGUUCACCGGGAUGAUGGCCAUUAAAGGUAGGAGUGAAUUUGGCAAAGUUGGUUGGAGGUGCUGUUGUGCAUACCCACUAGAGGGUGGGCUGAUUCUUUAUACAUUUAUACUCAUUUUUUAUUCUUUAUCACUUCCUGUCCAUAGAACCAUGUCCAGUGCUUGAAUCCAUUGCUACACUGUGAUUGUUGGUUGCUGGAAGAACAAGUUCUGUUGAUGGCAAAUGUGUGUUAUAAAUGUGCCAACACCAUUUAUACCUACCUGGACAGGUUAUUAUUUCGGGGGUUUGGUAGCAUGUGGUCAUAUGUCUGCAUCGCACUGAUUGUGUGUGGGUGUGAAAAUGGAAAAAAAAAAAACAACAACAAUACAAUCAAACCCAUAUGUGCUUGUUGAAUAUCCAAUUAUAGAUUUAGUCCCCCUUUGCUGUUAUAAUAACCUCCACUCUUCUAAGUAAUCUUUCCACUUUAUUUUGGAGCAUGGCCUUUGGGAGGGCAUGGCCUCCUGAAGAAGAGACUAAAUGGAGAAACCCCUCAAAACAAACAACAACUGAAAGAAGCUGUGGUAAAAGCCUGGAAAAGCACCACAAAAGAAGAGUGCAACUAUUUGGUGAUGUCAGUGGAUCGGCGCUUGAUUAUGUAUUGCAAGGAAGGGAUAUGCAACCAAAUAGUGUUAUUUACUUUGAUUUCCUUGAAGACUAUCUGUUACGAUAUUUUUGCUCACCUCAAAAUGGUCUAAGUUGUUUAACACAUCUAGAUGUAUAUAUCAGGAAAUUAAAGCUUCAAUUUUGA